UCAUUUCAUUCCGCGCCGAUUAGUCGUACGGCACGCACGUGCAUUGUGCUCUGAGUAUGUGUGCGUACACUAUGUGGUUGUUGUUGUGUGUGUGUGCGCUUGCGUACGCGCAAGACGGGCCCAGGGUGAACACUACACAGGGUGUUGUGGUGGGACAACGGGUGCAAGAUGGUGAUUAUUUGGCCUUCUAUGGGUUGCAUUAUGGUGGUAGCACGUCUGGUGUGAACAGAUUCAAGGCGCCUACCCCGCCACCAGUUUACCCUGGAGAAUUCCACGCCAUCGACAACACGAUACUAUGUGCCCAACCAAGCUCCCGCGGAAUGAUCGGCACAGAAGAUUGUCUGGUACUGAACGUCCAUACGAAAAAUCUCACAACUCCCAAACCGGUAUUUGUAUGGAUCGAAGGAGAAGAAUAUACAUCAACAGGCAAUUAUUUAUAUCCCUUCAAGAAUUUAGUACAGCAAGAUUUGGUGGUUGUUUCAAUUAACUAUCGUUUAUCGAUCUUCGGUUUCCUCUGUCUUGGUGUAACUGAUGCCCCUGGUAAUGCGGGUUUAAAAGACAUAAUCCAAGGUCUGAAAUGGAUUAAGGAUAACAUUGCUGGAUUUGGAGGAGACCCUAACAAUGUUGUUCUAUUUGGUCAUGGAUCCGGAGCUGCACUAGUUGAUUUGAUAACCUUGUCACCUUUAUCUCAGAAUUUAACACACAAAGCCGUAGUAGUAAGUGGAUCAGGGUUGGCUCCUUGGGCCGUAUCAUACAACCCUGUAGGCAGUGCUCAGCUAGUUGGAGAUAGAUUAGGAUACACAGACAAUUCGAGGGAAGAAUUGGCGAAGAAGCUCGCAUCUACUGAUAUAAGUUUGCUUUCACCCAUUCUUACGGACUUCGUGUCUUACAAUACAUCACUACUUUUCGCCCCUUGUGUUGAAAACGCUGACUUGAAUGCUAGCGAUACAUUCCUAGCAGACGCCCCGAUUAAUAUUUUGAGGUCAGGAAACUACAGCAAGAUUCCUUACAUGACCGGCUUUGUGGAUAGGGAAGGGACAUUGCGCGCGCACCAAGCCGCUUACGACGGCUGGCUUCAAAAGAUGAACGUCAACUUUACUGACUUUAUACCGGUUGAUCUCUCUUUCGAGAAUGCUGAAAUACGAACAGCAGUAGCACGUAAUGUGAGUGCGUUUUACUUUGAUCAAAGGCCGGUUUCUAUGGACACUAUCAAUGAUUACCUGGAUUACCACGGAGACGUUUUAAUACUUGUCCCUGUUCUGAGAGGAGCUCACGAAAGAGCUCGGGCUUCUGAUGAUGUGUGGCUAUUUAAGUUCACGUUCAGGGGUACGCAGAACUCUGAUUGGGCGUAUCCUCAAAUUCCUGUGAAUGGAGCCAGACAUGGAGCUAUUCUAAACUAUGUCUUCAACUACGAUUUAACAACGGCCGAUAAUGACGCGACCGCAGCGCUGACUGAACGCGUCAGGGCAUUCGCAUACACCGGAAUCCCUUCCCGAGCAAACAACGGCGCUACAUGGGAUCAACUCACUCAUAUAAGAGGAUCCGCCCUUCUGAUAAGCGGUGGAGAACCUACCCCCAAUUUAGCUAUUUACCAAGAAUCAUUGGCUACGAACCUCAAUCAGGAAACCGUUGUCUUCUGGGACGAUCUAUUCACUAAAUACUAUGUACCACCGAGUCCAGUGUCAGCUGCGAAUAGUUUGCUCUCUAUCGGGCUAGUCGUUUUAGUAGCCCAGGCGAUAAUUAAAUUAUUCUAUUAAAAUAUUUUCUUAUAAGUGUUAUAUAAAAAUAUGUACCGUAGCACAAAAGCAUUUACUUAGAAUUUUAGACCGUGUCACGCAAAAAGAGAACUGAAGAUAUUAUUGCAAAUUGUUAAAUUAAACUGUAUUUAAUUAAAUACGUAAGAAUAUAAUAUUAUUGAAUAGUUUGCAUUAAAAAAGCCUUUAAUACGCUUAAGAUCGGGCCCAAAUUUGAGACGUUUCAAGUUCGAUUCCUGACCGUUGAAUUUAGCACAAGCUUUUCGCUUACUUAGAGAGGAAAAGCCAAUAUGUUUAACGGUUAACAUUUUCUUUUUUAAUAAUAAUUAAUUAGUCGCAAAUUUGUGUGUGUUAGAAUGCGUUGUUUCAUUAGUCCGGUAGUGUUUGCAGUUUCAUCAAAGUCUGGUUUUCGUAGAUUUAGUAAUCAGUGUAUAUUUUUGUUAAAUAUUUAUUUCCAUUAACAAUAAAAUAUUUCAUUAAGA